AUGGGUAAGGACGAUAAGACUCAUCUUAACGUCGUCGUCAUCUCGACCACCACUGGUCACUUGAUCUACCAGUGCGGUGGUAUUGACAAGCGUACCAUCGAGAAGUUCGAGAAGGAAGCCGCCGAACUCGGCAAGGGUUCUUUCAAGUAUGCCUGGGUCCUCGACAAGUUGAAGGCCGAGCGUGAGCGAGGUAUCACCAUCGAUAUCGCUCUCUGGAAGUUCGAGACCCCCAGGUACCAGGUCACCGUCAUUGACGCCCCUGGCCAUCGUGAUUUCAUCAAGAACAUGAUUACUGGUACCUCCCAGGCCGAUUGCGCUAUUCUCAUCAUUGCCUCCGGUACUGGUGAGUUCGAGGCUGGUAUCUCCAAGGAUGGCCAGACCCGUGAGCAUGCUCUCCUCGCUUUCACCCUCGGUGUCAAGAACCUCAUUGUUGCCAUCAACAAGAUGGACACCAACAACUGGUCCGAGGACCGAUACAAGGAGAUCAUCAAGGAGACCUCCAACUUCAUCAAGAAGGUCGGCUACAACCCCAAGGCCGUUCCCUUCGUCCCCAUCUCUGGUUUCCACGGCGACAACAUGCUUGCUGCCUCCACCAACUGCCCCUGGUACAAGGGCUGGGUUCGUGAGGUCAAGGGCAACACCCUCUCCGGCAAGACUCUUCUCGAGGCCAUCGACUCCAUCGAGCCCCCAAGCAUCGGUGGUAUUGGCACUGUGCCCGUCGGCCGUAUCGAGACCGGUAUCAUCAAGCCCGGUAUGGUCGUUACCUUCGCUCCCUCCAACGUCACCACUGAAGUCAAGUCCGUCGAGAUGCACCACGAGCAGCUUACCGAGGGUGUUCCCGGUGACAACGUCGGUUUCAACGUGAAGAACGUCUCCGUCAAGGAUAUCCGCCGUGGCAACGCCCAGGUCAUCGUCCUUAACCACCCCGGCCAGAUCGGUGCUGGUUACGCUCCCGUUCUUGACUGCCACACUGCCCACAUUGCCUGCAAGUUCUCCGAGCUCCUCGAGAAGAUCGACCGCCGUACUGGCCUUCACCGACUACCCCCUCUCGGUCGUUUCGCCGUCCGUGACAUGCGUCAGACCGUCGCUGUCGGUGUCAUCAAGGCCGUUGAGAAGUCCGCUGGUGGCUCCGCCAAGGUCACCAAGUCCGCUGCCAAGGCUGGCAAGAAAUAA